CCUAUUGGGUUAACUUGGGAGGUUUCAAAAUGGCGGCAGUGGCAACCUGCGGCGGUGACGCCGGGAGUGCUGGGUCUGCGGUGGCGACAGCCAGCAAAAGCAACGUCACGAGUUUCCAGAGGAGGGGUCCUAGAGCCAGCGGGACCAACGACAGCGGCCCUCGACUGGUGUCCAUUACGGGCACGCGACCGUCGGUGCGGAAUGGACAGCUGCUGGUAUCAACCGGGCUCCCAGCCCUGGACCAGCUCUUAGGUGGAGGUUUAGCCGUUGGAACAGUUCUUCUAAUUGAGGAAGAUAAGUAUAAUAUUUACUCAUCUUUGCUCUUCAAGUAUUUCCUGGCAGAAGGAAUUGUCAAUGGGCAUACUUUGCUGGUUGCAUCUGCUAACGAGGACCCUGCCAACAUUUUACAGGAACUUCCAGCACCAUUACUUGAUGAUAAUUGUAAAAAGGAAUUUGAUGAAGAUGUAUAUAAUCGUAAAACACCAGAAUCUAAUAUUAAGAUGAAAAUAGCUUGGCGUUACCAGUUAUUACCCAAGAUGGAGAUUGGACCAGUAUCAUCUUCAAGAUUUGGUCACUAUUACGAUGCAUCAAAAAGAAUACCACAAGAACUAAUUGAGGCUUCAAAAUGGCAUGGAUUUUUUCUUCCAGAGAAAAUACCUUCAACUCUCAAAGUAGAACCCUGUUCUUUGACCCAUGGCUACAUAAAGCUGCUUCAGUUUAUCCAGAACAUCAUUUAUGAGGAAGGAUUUGAUGGAUCCAAUCCCCAGAAAAAACAGAAAAACAUUUUAAGAAUAGGAAUUCAGAAUCUUGGCUCACCUUUAUGGGGAGAUGAUAUUUGCUGUACAGAAAAUGGAGACAGCAGUCACAGCCUUACCAAGUUCCUCUAUGUUCUCCGUGGACUUCUGAGAACCUCUCUUUCAGUCUGUAUCAUCACAAUGCCAACACAUCUGAUCCAAAAUAAAGCCGUUAUUGCCCACAUCACAAACUUGUCAGAUAUAGUAGUUGGUCUGGAAUCAUUUAUUGGUUCUGAGAGAGAAACUAACCCAUUGUAUAAGGAUUAUCAUGGCUUGAUUCAUAUACGGCAGAUUCCUCGGCUUAAUAACUUGGUUUGUGACGAAUCAGAUGUCAAAGACUUAGGUUUUAAAUUAAAAAGGAAGCUAUUCACCAUUGAGCGACUGCAUUUGCCUCCAGACUUGUCAGACACAGUGAGCCGCUCAAGCAAACAGGAUCUGGCAGAAUCUGCCAAGCGGCUGGGCCCAGGCUGUGGCAUGAUGGCCGGAGGCAAGAAGCACCUGGACUUCUAGGGAUUCCUCCUUAGCCAUUGCAUGCAGAAUUCUAUGACACUCUAAUUAUGAUUGCUAAUAGCUUAUGUAAAUAUUUUUCUUAACAAUUUGACCCUCUACUCCUUGAAAAAUACAGGAUUGUAAAAUGGGGCUGCCAUUUCUCAUUUUUUAACUUUUUACAGAAAUAGCACAGCACAAAUACUUUUAAAAUUUUCCCUUCAUACUAUAGAGAAAAUAAUUUUACUUUUAAAUAAACGCCAAAAAAUGUCAAAAUCUCAAGAUGCCUGACUGUGGUCAUUUGUGUGCGUGUACUAAGGCAUUUAGUGUCAUGGUAAAGUGCAUGUCACAGCAGGUAGCAUACAAAACAUAUGAAAUUCAAGAUUGUAUAUGAAAACAUAUUUUCUCUUUAUUUCAGAAAACAGUCACUUGCCACCAAAAAUGCUAAGUUUCUUUUUAAUGAAAAUGUGUUUGCUAAUAUAUAAAAUAAAUUUUCAUUUAUGUAUCUGGUUAUUAAAUUGAUAAAGACAAAAUAAUAUUUUGGGAUUUAGACUCCGUGAAAGAUAAUUAGUCUGCCAUAGUAGUUAAUAAAUAUAAAGAACUUGAGUUCUUUAUAUAGAACUCAAACAUAGAAAAAAGGAGUGGUUGGUCUUUAGUUUAGUAAUCCUGAACAACUGAAGUCAGCACUAUGAAAUUAUGUCAGCAGGCAUCAUUCAGGAUUGAAAUUCAAACUGACAGCUACAUUUAUGCUAGGGGAAAAUACCAGGGGAAAAAACAUAUACUGAAGCUCCAUGAGAGAUUUUACAGGACAUAGGUCUGAGACAAAGUGGAAAAAUGAAACUAACUCAGAUUUCCAUUGCAUCACAUAAACCUUUUGCUAAUCAUGAACAUUGGUUGGAUAUGUAAAUUUCUAACCAUAUAAACAUAUCUUUGCAAGGGGGUGGAUAGCCUACUGAACCAGUUUUCAUAUAAAACACUAGGUGUUUUAAUUAUAAUUCCAUAUUCUCAAAGCUUUUGACAGAUAAUAAAAACGAAAGUUAAAAAGUAACUUGCAUAUUUAAGAGUCUUCAUUUUUAAAAAGGUGUUCAACAUCCAUUGGGAGAAACUGAAUUCCCGAAAUACAUUUUCAAAUAUAUUAGAAUAAUUUGAAGCAGUUAUAACUAGCAUUUUUAAGCAGCUUGCUUUUAAUAUACCACAAAUUACACUUUAUUUGUUCUUGACAACAUUGUAGAAAACAAAGACUAGGUUUUUAAAACUGUCUAACCAAUAUGAUGAAUGUCAGUCACUUAAAAAAACCCACUGUAGCAUAAACACAUACUGUAUACAGCUUUUAUUCAGAAUUAGAAUAAUUGAAUCAAUGACAGUGAUUUGCCAGGAUGUCAAAUCUCUCCAUCAUAUCCUGUCACUACCAGUUUAUUUUUUGUGAUCAAAAUCAAAAAGACAACUAUUUUGUCACCCGCUAUUUCAUUAGUACUAAAAAUCAGGUUUCUUAUUGUAUUUUUUUAGAACGUCUGGUUUAUUUUUUUCAUUUCUUUUAAUUCUAAAGACAAAUUCUUCCCCAUUUUCUUUUCAAAAUAAAGUUUCAGAAUUGAUCUGUCAGUUAAAAUUAAAGGGCUUUUAUAUUAAGCAAAGUUGCUUUUAAAUUUUAAAGCAACUUCAAAAAAUUGAUUUAGUCCAUAGAUAAUAAAUAAUGUUGUGCGGAUACUCCACAAAAGCUCUGCUAUGUCCUUUGAAAGCAUUAUGAACAUUCUGAAUAAAUUCAAAUGAGUAUUUUAGUCAGGUUAUUAUUUUAAUAACUCUAACCUUUUUCUUACCGUGUUGAUUCAUUUUAUACAAACACACAAUGGAACAAUUUCAUAGCAUUUGACUCUGAAAAGGAGAUGUGAGGUCAUCAGAUAUGUAAAUUGCUUGUCAAAAUACUUAAUAGGUCAUUGAUUUACUUCUCUAGCUACCAUGUCUAUAAAAUUAACAGCUAAUUACUAGUUAAUCUAUGCUUUGCAAAUAGAUAAAUACUAUAAAAAUUGAAUGUGCAUAUUUGAACCCUCAUUUUAAAUAUAAAAGAAACUUCUUAAACUCAGUAAAAGUGCAUUUUGAAUAAUAAGACUACCUGGGCUUUCCAAAAAUCAUAUCCAAGUGCUUUGUUUUUCUAAUUCACUGGGCAGGCUUUGUAAAAAUAAGCUACUAGAGAGGGCUAUAUAUUUUUGUCUUCCUCUGAUAGAAACCCACUCUGAAAAUGUGUUUUCCUUUCUUCUGGAAACAUUAUUUGUUACUCAUUAUGUUAAUAACUUACUACAUAAACAUAUCGUUCUUCGGUAAUGCUACUGUAGGUAUAGACACCAUUUUGAUACAUUAUGAAAUAUACCCUCUAUUAAAAUAGAUUUGUUUAAAUUAUCAACUUAAAGAUAUAAAAGCUUAAGAACAAUGCCAAAUAUAGUAUCUGAAAUUAUAUCUUUUAAGUGUUUCUAGUAUAUGAACUUCAAAACCCUAUAUGGUAUUCAUUUCUUACACUAGAUUUGCCUUUCUUUAACAUGAGGUAAAUAUUUUGAUGACUGCAAUUUGCUCAGGUGCUAGCGUUCUAAAACCUUUUGAAUUUCCUUUUAGUAGCCACUAGACAAUAUCUACUUUUCUCUUUCAUUUAUUCCUUAUGUCCACCUCCAGGAUCCUUAAAUAACAGUAGACAAAAUAAAACUACUUCAGAAGGAAGCGACACUCUGCAAUCAAUUCCCUGUCCAUCUUUUAAUUUUAACAGAUCAGACACACAUACACAUAAAAAAGGAGAGUGGAGGGGAACCCUCUUCAUUUGUUUAAGCCCAUUAUUAAUGUCAUUUCUAAGACAGCAUGUUACUGCUUUCCAAAGAUAGUCACCAUCGACAUUAUUGAAAUAAGCAGUACUAAAUACUUACACUUUGAACUUUAAAACUGAGCAGUUGAGUUAUUCAGUACCAAGUCAGAACAGAAAAACAAAAAAAGCAGAUGACGUUUAUUCUUGAAAAAUGGAAAAGAGAAGAAUAUAUAUUUGGCCUUGGUAAGCCAAACAUACAGAGAAGAAAUGCCUUUUUUUUAAUCUUAUUAACAUGAGGGCCCAGAGCAAAAAGAAAUAAGUAAAAGGAAUAUAAACACAAUCCUAAGAUGACAUUGACAGAACAAAGCUAAAUCUGAAAAUAACACUGAGUGAAUCUUAGGAAAACUAGUGAUAAUAAAAAGUAGGAAGAAAUGAUGUGAGCUGUAUCAAGAAACCAAUUGUUUACCAUUUAAGGGUUAGGAGGCAUAGCUUUGGGGGAAAAAUAUUCUGGAAAUUCAUUGCAGUAAAAUGCAUUUUUUUACUUAGAACAAUUUGAACGUUUAUUACUUAAAACAUUCAGCUCUUAUUCUGUUCACCUGGUUUUCCCAAGUCAAAGUUUGAAGAAAAAUUUUAGGCUUUUAGUCCUGUGAUUCUACUGUGGUCUUCACAAAUAGUCUCCAUCCUGGAAGAUGGUGUCAAAACAUCCCUGCAGAUACCCCAUUGAUAAAUAUAUAAAUAUAUCUAUCAUUAAAUAAACAAAAAUAAAUUAUUUCAACAAUGAGUAAAAGGCCAACUCCCAGUCACUGCUACCACACAGUGCCUGCCAUGCUGUCCCCAAGAGAGUGCCUGGAGCUCUGUUCGAAAGGACAGCUCAUGUCCCUAGGGUGUGGGCAGAAGGCAAGGCAGCCGUUCCCAUCCUGCUGGACCAGGGGGCUUCUGCAGCUGAGCAACUGCUUCUUCAGACUAAACCAGGAUGUGCCACUUUGCCCUGACCCUCAGAGCACACAUAUACAUGCCCAGGUGCAUACAUACAGACGCUCUGCUCCCACGUCACUCCUUUUCUCCCAUUCCCACCUCUUAAUGCCUGGUGUGCCACACCCAGGUCUCCAAAGUCUCUGCUCUCUACACAACAGAACCGUGGGCCAGAACUGGCUGCCUGACCCUGGUAGAAAUCAUAGCCAGUGAGAAGGAAGAAGUAAGCCAGCCAGCAGCUGUGGCACGCACUCCCACAUAGCCGUUCUCUGACAGUUCCCUCAGCACACGGCCGGCCCUCGGGGAAUGGAGACUGCAAAAUGUCAGGAGGUAGAAAUGUCUGCACGGGCAAUUGUACCAACAGUGCAUAUGCGUGCGCACUCCCCUGAAAGAAGUGUGCCACUGUGCAGUGCAGGCUGCACAGCGCCUGCACUGAAUAAAACUACAUGCACACAUACAAAAAACAAUCAACUUACAAAGGUGACUCUAAAUGUGCAGCAACUCUGGUUGAAUAAAAUUAUUAGUGUAUUUCAUGCCAGAGCAAUGAAUCUCAAUUACCUAUUCACAAGUAAUUCCUUAACUGAAAAACAGUAGAUAUUGAACUAGAAGGUUAUAUUUUUUAAUCCUUCCAUUAAUUUCUAUAUUUCUGAUCAUUUGCUUUUGGCGAUUUUUUUUUAAAGCAUAGUACAAUUCAGUGGAAGUGUGUCUUUGUCCCCAGAGGUUUCUGCAUGUGCAAGCAUUUUAAUCCAGACUGCCAGAAGCCCCAGGCUUUUUACUGAAGUUUGCAGAGGAAAACUUAUCUAUAUUGACUUAUAUGUUGCACAGAACAAAUAAAAGUCUCAGACAGGCCUUUUUUACCCAACAAAGGCUUAUUUUUUUUCCAUCCUUUGCUUGGGCUCAAGCACUCCUGCCCUGCGUGCCUCCACUUUAAACAUGAUCAGAUCUGUGCUUCAUUGCGAAUAACAACUGACCAACAAUGGGCCCUGCUUCAUAGAUUUGGGAAUGUUUGGCUUAAGCUGCCAAUGACUGAAGCCCUUUAAUUCCCACCGGCCAGUCACAGUCUGCUUUGUUGUUGUCUGUUGAUGUGUCUGUGCUCAUUAUUCCUUGACAUGCAACAUCCCCCUCCACCCUCCAACCAUCCACAACCGCACAGAAAGCAAGAUUCAAAUGGGAACAGCUGUAGUGGUUCAAUGGGAAAUGAUGCCUCUUGUGCAAAGGGGAGGGAGACAGAAAAGGGACAGGGCCUAUUUGAGAAAGGCAACAGCUUUCAGAGAGUCUCCUUUAAGAAAUCUACUUUUGAAUAUACUUCAGUGAAAUCAUUGUUGAAAUGGGCUGACAAUGGAAAUCUGCCCAGAUUGAAAAUGCCAGUCCUAAUUCAAAAAACAACUCCUAAUAGCUUGUAGCAUUUUAAAAUUAUUUCUAGACUUUGAGCUUUUGAAUUAAAUGACUAACUAGGAAAUGUUGUAUAUAUGUUGUGGGUAUAAGUGGGCACAAAGCUACACCCAGCAUUAAGUGGAAUUUUUUUCUAACACAUUUUUGAUUUAUGAUAUCUACAAGAAUUGUUGUUUUAAAGAUCAUCAGGAUGUAAAAUAGAGUGUGUAUGAAAGUAACCAUUGGUUUAGAGUGUUGAUCUAACAUGGAAAUAAAAUUUGUAACACCACACUAUAAGGUUAAAAAGAAAAUUGUAUAAUAAAGGAAAUACAAAGGCUUUGGCAUGGUUUUUGUACAAUCAACAAUGGUUAAUUUUGAUAUGUAGUUGUGAACAACUUCAAAACACUUAAGUUUAAAACUCUUGCAAGCACUUUUAAUUGAUUAGGAAUGAAUUCUAGAUGCACAAAAUGAUUGGACCGUGAACAGUAAUACAACUAUAUCUAAGAACAAUUAACUUUUGCUGGCCAAAAAAGAAACGUAUGAUUGCAUGAAAAUGUGUAUAAAACAUCUAUAGAGUAUUCUUGUCAAAUAUAAAUGAAAUUAACUUUAUUAUAGAAAUCAUUCUGAGGAUUUCUAGGGAAGACAAAUACUUAACAUUUUGACAUAAAACAAAUUGGAUUAUAUCGAAGACACACUCUACCUUUUAGCUAUCAACUUUUUUCUUCCUUGAAUUUAUAUCUUACCCUUUUUUGCACAUAAACUUCAUCUGUUAACAACCUUUGGAAAACCAACAAAUAUUUCUUACAUAAAUCUAGUGCAUGUUGUUCCAGGUUUCAUUAUAUGCAAAGGAAUGAUACAAACUUGGAACAUCAGUCCAUAAACUAUGAACAGAUGGGUAGCAGUAUUCGAUAUAUCUUGAUAAAACUCUUAAAACCGUGGCAAAGCUUGUUGAUCAUGGUUUUCUUUUUUUAAAAAAAAACAAUUUCAUGACCAACACAGAUCAAACAUCCAUCCAGUCUACGUUGUUCUUUUUUUCAUUAUAACAUACAAAUGCCCAUUUACAAAUAAUACACCAAAAUGAAUAAAAGUUUGGAUACCAAAAUGAAGAUUUGUUCCAACUGAUAGCGUGCCUUCUGUAUACAAAGGUCCGUGUUUCAAGUCCAUUCCCCAGUGGUACAAUAAAGGACACGGUUGUAGAACUGAAGCGCCUCUAACAGCCAUUUUUCUUUCUUUCCUGAAUGCUCAACUGUUGUGUCCACAUAGUCACUGACUGAAUUCACACAAUAUUUCCUUUCUUUUUUUAUUUUUUUUUACUGUAAUCUUGGCCAGUAUUGGGACAUAUCAGGUUCACUUCCGGGAACUUGCACUGGAACUGACACACCGGGGGAAAUGAGUCCUGAAAGGGGAUGAAAGAAACAGCCAUGUAGAUAUAACCUUUGAGAAACAGACAUGGAAUACAAAUG